AUGUUGGCUACCACGACACUGCUCCUGUGGGGAGUGGCCAUCUUGUUGGUGCUGGUUCGGCUGCUGCGAUCACCGUCCAGCCGGCCGGGGAAAAACUUUCCACCCGGUCCGCCCGGCCUGUUCCCCGUCUUGGGCGAUUACGGACUGCUGCUGCUGAUCAACUAUCGGCACCUGCACAAGGCGGCCCUCUCGUUGGGCGAUUUCUAUCGUACGAAAAUUUUGGGCAUUUCGCUCAAAAACUUCCCCUCGAUCGUGGUGAAUGAUCUCGUGGUGGCAAAGGAAGUGCUGAACAGUAAAGUGUUUGACGGUCGGCCGGAUCUGUAUCUGGCGCGGUUGCGCGAUAAGGACUUUAACCGGCGUGGCAUCUUCUUUACCGAUGGGCCCAGCUGGAAGGAGCAGCGUUGGUUCAUUCUGCGGUAUCUGCGCGAUUACGGGUUCGGUCGGCGGUUUCCGCAGCACGAGGCCGAAGUGAACAGUGAGCUGCUCGUUUUGAUCGAUCUGCUCCGGGACGGACCGAAGUAUGAGCAUGAGAAGGAGAUCAUGCGCGACGGUUACGUCAAGUGUCCGAAUGUGUUGUUCAGCUGCUUUGCAAACGCAUUCCUGCAGAUUAUGUCCGGCGAACGGUUAACGCGCGAGGAAUCGGCCGUGCUGUACGAAACCGGCUCGAACGCGAUGAUAUUCCAACGGAACGGGGACGACUACGGUACGAUACUCAGCUACUUCCCGUGGCUUCGCCACGUCUAUCCCUUUUCGCGCAAGUUCAACACAAUCCGCGAGGCGAGCAUGAAUGUGAACGGUUUCAUGCAGACGAUCAUCGACAAAUACCGGGACACGUACGACGAAAACCAUGUGCGUUGCUUCCUGGAUCUGUACUUCCGGGAGAUGGUGAAAUGCACCCCGCAGGAACCGAACUUUACCUUCCAGCAGGAUCAGUUGCUGCUCGGUUUGGUCGAUUUCUUCUUUCCCGCCAUCUCCGGCGCAACCACCCAGAUAGCGAUGCUGUUCGAACGGUUGCUCCACAAUCCGCACGUAAUACCACGGAUCCAGCGCGAAAUCGAUGAGGUCGUCGGUCACGGACGGCUGCCCACGCUGGACGACCGUGCCCAGCUCUCGUACACCGAGGCAACGUUGCGCGAAGCCUUGCGCAUCGAUACGCUCGUACCGUCCGGGAUCGCCCACCGGGCACAGGAGGAAACGUCACUGCGCGGGUACGACAUCCCGAAGGACACGUUCGUGCUGAUCGGGCUGGAUGCGAUCCACAACCAGCGGGAGUACUGGGGCGAUCCGGAAUGUUUCCGGCCGGAACGGUUCCUCGACGACAGCGGCAAGCUGUGCCUGGCGAAGGAUCUUUCCGUGCCGUUCGGGGCCGGGAAGCGACUGUGCGCCGGCGAAACGUUUGCGCGCAACAUUAUGUUUCUGACGCUGGCCGCUUUGAUGCAGAACUUUAACAUACGCCAGCCGCCGAAUGCGCGGUUGCCGGAUUUGAGCAAUCGGCACACCGGUGUCAUUAUCACGCCGGAUGAUUUUUGGUUAAAGUUUGUGCCGAGAUGA